CUCAGCGAUUUUCUUGAUCCGCCAGACACCUUGUAUCGAUGGGCUUCUCAGUACAAGGAUUUUUUCCAGACGCUGAACUCUCUUUGAUCCGCCAAACCAAAACGUGGGUCGCAAAUCCUGAGGCCACCAAACAAGGUUCCCACCAAACUGACGUCCACCGCCCCGAAUCCGUCGAACCAGGCUCUGAUACCACUUGUCAUAACCGCGGGUGCUCAAUUAGUACGAUAUUGUCCGCUUUGGGCCAAGCCCUCACAGAUUUACUUUUGGGUGUCCUCCCCAAAAGGCCUCGUACUAAGUGGGCUAGGUGGACACUUAUAUACAAGGGUUCCUUCCCUUGUAUUAGCGAUGUGGUACUUGGAUUGUUCCAUAACAGGUGGUAAGUUAAAGAGAAGUGUGUAGGGAAUAUUACCACGAAGUGCGGAGGAUGGAAGACGAUUAUGAGAUAGAUGGCGGUAGAGAAAGCAUAGGACCAAAAGGUGGUAGGAAGGUGAGCAUGAUGAAGGAGGGUCAAACCAGUUUCAACCAAGUGACGAUGUUUGCGUUCGGCAAGGCCAUUGUGUUCAGGUGUUUGAGGUGGAGUAAGAAGAUGUGUGAUGCCAUUUUUGAGGAGAUCAGAGCUCAAUUUUUGAAAUUCACCUCCACCAUCUGUGUAAAGACGACGAAUAGUGGUGGAAAAAUAAUUUUGAAUCAUUUUCCUAAAUUUAAGAAAGACUUGAAGGACAUCAUAUUUGCGGCGAAGUGGGUAAUACCAGAUAUAACGCGUAAAAUGAUCAAUAAUAACCAAAUAAUAGCGAUAACCAUCAAUGGAAUAAACUGGAUCAGGGCCCCAAACAUCAAUAUAUAACAAAUCAAAAGGUUGAUCACUUGACAAGGAGGAAACAUAAAAUGGAAUUUUAUGGCUUUUAUUAGAAAGACAAGCAUCACAAGAGAGACUAGUGGUAGAGGUAGAAACUGGAAGAGAGUUGCACUGAAUAAGACUAGUAAGAGAUUGGUGGGAUGGAUGACCAAGGCGAGCGUGCCAAGAGGAUUUAGUCGUGUGAGUUGUCACCAAGGCCAUUCAGACAUUCUCCACCUCACGAGGAAGCUCGUAGACAUCACUGUUGUUUCCCCCCACCCCCUCGGCAAAUGCGCCCUCGUGCGAAGAUCCUUCACAAGAAAAUGAGUGACAAAAAAUUCUACAGAGACCGGAUUAGUUUGACAUAAUUUUUCUACUAAUAUAAGAUGCAUCUUGAUGCUGGUAACACAUAAUAUGUCUUUAAAGGAAACGAAGUUGACCCAAUAGAAAUAUUAGAGGACCCAAUAUGAGAUAUAACCAACCCUGAUCUAUCACCAACAAGGAUCUCAUCUUGGCCUGAAUAAUCUGAAUAAAAAGAGAAAUGGCCUAGAUCAGAGAUAACAUGAUGAGAGGCAGCAGAAUCCAUCAGCCACAAUCCAGAAGCUAAAGGUGAGCCCGCGGCGGUGGAGUGCUUGAUCUGGCCAUUACGGGUUUGAUUAAAUGCUUGACGGGUCUGAGGAAAGAGCCCGAAACAUUGCUUGACCGAAUGCCCUUGCUUGUCACAAAAUUGGCAGACCACGGGCCCAUGCCAUCUUCUCUGCCGACCGAAUUCAGAGGCCCCAUGUGGGCCGAAAGUGGCAGGGCCGUGACACUGGUGGAAUGGGCAUCUACUAAGAGGAGACUGGGAAUGAGCAGCCAGCUACUGAGAAACUUGUUUGGUGGCGCCGUGAAAACCCUGAUAUGGCAAGCGAGAGGGCGAACGAGAAAAGAGGAGGAUGUUGUCGCCGUUAGGAGCACCGCUAGUGCUGGGACGGAGAGACCCCUGGGAGUAGAACGCUGUCGGGACAGCAAAGGAUCUGUGUUGUUCUUUCAAAUCCGCUUCGAACUCAAUAAGCGCAUCAAGUAGUUCUUCAAAGGUCACCACGGAGCCCCUCACACGUACAGGUGCAGAAAAUUGAUUGUAUUCGGCUCCAAGACCCCGAAGACGGUGAACAACAAGGUCCAGAUCCUUGACUGGCUCACCAAUAAGGGAAAGCUCGGCAACAAUAAGUUUCAUGUCAUUAAUAUAUGUAAGCACAUCCCGAUCAUCCUUGUUAGUUCCAGCCAAUUUCCCUUUCAGAUGAAUAACACGGGAUUGAGAACGACUGUCAUACAAUUUUUCUAAAACCAACCAUGCUUCACGGGACGUAACAGCAGUAGAGACAUAGAAGUAUAAAGAUUCUGAAAUUGAGCAUCGAAGAGCAUGGAGUAUGAGUUUAUCUUGGCGAUGUCAGCGACGAUAGGCAGGAUUGGGCGUGGUGGUGUUUUUUGCCGUGAUCGUUUGAGCAGAAGCAACGUUGGUGUCCUCAAUGAAGGAGAUGAGAUCCAAGCCCAUGUGAAGAGUCUCUAAUUGCGGCCUCCAUGAAUGAAAGUUGGUUGAGGUAAGUUUUAGAGGCAAUUGAGCUGCGGGGUUGAAGGUGAUGAUCAAAUAGUCACCAACAUUGGAGCCUGCUGAAACUGUGGCGCCUGACAUGAUGAACAGGGUAAGAGAAAGGAAAAACACAAAGUGUAUCACGAGUGAAAGAAGAAGAGUGUCCGACUGGAUCGAAGCUAGUUGAUCUUGGCUAGCUCUGAUACCAUGAAGGAGGUUUCCGAAUAAUAUAUGUUUAUGGGGAAAACUGUAUUGAUUCUCAUUGACAGUGUACAACGUUAAUAUACAAAACAAAGGGGAGUUUCUAAACACAGAAAGUUGCUGGUAAACCAUGUUCCACUAAAGAAGGAACCGAAAGAAUAAAUAAGAAAAUAAAAUAAAAAUACAUUUAUUUUGUUUCUCUAAUAUCGAAUACUAACGAAAUGAAAGCAUUGCAAAAUAAGAACUGGAUUACUUUGAUCUUCGAAGAUUGCUCCUUCACAGAUAUCUUGGCUAUCACCAUCUGCUACCUUGUCAAACACCCCCUCCGCACCACCUGCAAAAAACACUUGUUGAAGGCCACAAGAUAAAUUCCAAGCAAUCGAAUCCCGCAGCGGCAAAAGCUCCACCGAGUACGGAUCCUCGAUAGCGUCAUAAAGGUGGGCCGAAGCUGUCAACAGUGUACCCUCGGGUACAGGGUAUGGUAUCUCUUAGUACGCAAAUUAUAUUUAGACUUUAAUAAAUUAGAGUUUGUUGCAUGAGUUAAAACCUAGCUCAUAAUUUUCUAAACCUUGUGGUCUAAGAUUAAGGGGUCGUUUGGAAGUUGUGAUUGUUAGAGUUGUGUUUGUUGAAUACAUGUAUUGUGCACAAUACAAUGUUUAGAAGUGUAAAAGUGUUAAACAAUGCAUGCAUUGUUUUAGGUAGGUCCCACCAACAAUCACAAAAAAUGAUUAUACAAUCCCAACUAAAAGUUGAGAUUGUUGUGAUUGUUGGUUUUAGAUUUGUGUCAACUUUUUCUUUCCAUUUAUAUCCCCAAUAAUUUUUGUCUUAUUCUAAAAGUUGAGGGUAAAUGUGACAUUUUCCCAUAAAAGUAACUUUAUGUAAAUCAAUGCAUAAAGUAAAAUCUCAACAACCAAACAAUGUAUUAUUAAAAUGCAUCCAUUGUAUCAAUACAUGCAUUUAUAUUAUGAUGAUUCAUUACAAUGCAACGAUUUAACAUUUGCAACUUCCAAACGACCCCUAAAUUAAUUAAGAAUAAUAAUAAAAGUGAUGAUUUGUCAAGAUUACAUCCAAGGUACGAGAUGCUCCAUCUUAGAUUUCGAGGUUAGGUUUAGAGUAUUAGAAUCUAUGGUUCACUCAUUAAAAUUGUGAUAUAUAAUGCUCAAAAUUUGAUUAAUUCUAGUUUUAGUUAUCUCUUUCUUACUAAGAGUAACCUUAAAGUUAUCUUUAGAUACGAUAAAAACCAUUGUAUAUU